ACAGAAUGAGAUGACUUCGAUAGAGCUAAACUAAAGCAUACAGUGUUAGUAAACACUAACUUGACUAAGUCUUGUUCUUUUGCCAAAGGCGCAGAUCAUUUCUGGAAAGCCGAAGGACUAACCUACUGUGGGAAGUACUAAUCAUUGGUGAAAAUAAUAGUUUCGCUCGUAGGAACAAUCUGCCACUUGAAAACUUAUUGUUAAAAUUUUUAUGUUGUAAGACAUUGCCAGUGCAAAACCGUGUAUUGUGGGAUUCAUCAGCAUACUAAUUGAGGCCAUGCUGCGGUGAGCAAAUAUCCGUGAUAAUGUCAGACACGUUUGAGGGCAUCAAUGCCAUCAGGCAACGCCAGACGAAUCUUAGAGACCGCCUGGAGAAGAGAAAGCAGCAGCGAAAAGCACUGGAAGCAGGGUCCACCAGCACGCCGCAACCAGAUGCUGCUGCGGACGUGGCCACAUCGACACCCGUAGUAGCUGAAGAACCUCUAGCAAGUAGCACUAGUGUUAGUAAACAAGCUCAGGGUGUAGCGACAUCUACAGCUGUUGCUUUGGAUGCCACUGUGGAGCAUGUUGUAAUACGAUGGCUGUGUGACCCGGCAGUGGUGCCCGUCCAGGCCAGUGCUAUAUGCGAGCGGCUGCAGCGCACCUCCGAGGAGGGCGCCGACAUCUCCCUGGAUGCUGUGAAGCAGACACUGCGCAAGUUUGCGCUGCAGAGUCUCUUGUCUCUGUCGUCCGGUGACGAUACGUCCGUCGUCUCUGUGGAUUUAACAAAGCUCUGUGCGAUGCGUGACUCUGGUGGCGGUACUAGCACUGCAUCAGGCGCUGACAAUACAGCCAUCCAGUCGCAGAAGCGACCAGCGCCUGGUCCUGUAGAUGAUCCUAGCACUAGAAAGGUAGCAAGGACAGAAUCUGCAGAUGAUCUUGAUAUCGAUAGCUUGCUGCAGUCGUCUUCUGUAAAGGAGACCGAGAGCCAGAAGCUCGGCCAGGAGAUCAACGAGCUACUCUCCUCCAAGACUACGAAAGAGCUAUCUCUGAUGGAGAAGUUCAAAUCGCAGGGCGGAACGCGCCUCAAGGAGUUCUGCAAGCACGGGACGAAAAUCGAGUGCCGUCGACAGAGGCGAUCCCAGUACGCGUGUGAAAAUCUGCAUUUCCGGCGCAUAAUCCGCAGCCACACGGACGAGAGUCUCGGCGACUGCUCGUUUCUCAACACGUGUUUUCACGUGGACACCUGCAAGUUUGUGCAUUACGAGGUGGACUACGCCCGGGACACGCCAGCUGGUGCUGGUCAGACAAGCAGUGCUUACGGCGGCGGCGACUCUGCUGCAUUGGCUGAUAGUACGAUAGAGCACAAGCUGUACCCAGCACAGUGGGUCAACUGUGACAUCCGGACGCUUGACUUCACCGUGCUGGGAAAGUUCAGCGUGGUCAUGGCUGACCCGCCGUGGGACAUUCACAUGGAGUUGCCAUACGGCACGAUGAGUGACGAUGAAAUGCUUCGCAUGAACGUCACCACACUGCAGGACGAGGGCUACAUCUUCUUGUGGGUCACAGGCCGUGCAAUGGAGCUGGGUCGCUCCUGCUUGGACAAAUGGGGCUAUAAGCGCUGCGACGAGCUGAUCUGGGUUAAGACCAAUCAACUCCAACGACUCAUUCGGACUGGUCGCACUGGCCACUGGCUCAACCAUGGUAAAGAACAUUGCCUGAUUGGGUACAAGGGAUCCCCAGGGCGGACUUACACGUUCAACAAGGGCUUGGACUGCGAUGUCCUCGUCGCAGAAGUGCGUGCGACGUCACACAAGCCCGACGAAGUGUACGGGCUCAUUGAGCGCCUGGCACCGGGCUCGCGGAAAUGCGAGCUGUUUGGCCGACAGCACAACGUUCAACCUAACUGGGUGACCUUGGGAAACCAGCUUGACGGUGUACGCCUGGUGGACCCGGACAUGGUGGAACGCUACAAGAAAGCCUACCCUGACGGGAACUGCAUGAAAAAGUCCACCGGCUCCUCAUAGCAACAGAAUUACGCUAGAAUGCUGAGCCUACAGACUGCAGACAUUGUGUACAGGUCCCAUUUCAUUCUGGUCAACCCAUGCACUCAGCUACUGCUUGUAUUAUUUGAACUUUGGAUGAUAUUCUGCCUUGAUUUGUUCAAUCCUGGAUUAUUAUUUUUGUCAUAGUGAUCACCGUAAACCAUACAAUUGGAAUCAUGAAAACCAUAAAAUCAGAUGCAAAAAAACAUGAGAUGAACUGAAGAUAUUUCACUCAUAAAACUAGGAAUUUGUACAUUUUCAAAAUUUUGCGAUGAAAAUUUUAUGAACACACAA